UUUGAAUGUGUCCAAGACCUGCCUUUUUUGUUUCUUGCUAGAUGGGUAUAAGUGAUUCUGUUCAUCACAACCGAUAUCAUCUGUUUUGCUCUAGGUUGUUUUUUUGCCAAAAGUUGGUGUAUUGAUCUGCUAUUGACAAUUGAAGGAAUGGAUAGUUCAUGGUGUGAGAUUUAUUGAAGUAAUUGUUUUUAAUUUUUUAGGGAGUCUUUCAUUUACUCUCUAUUGUCAUUUUAGGGCGUGAAUGAUUGUUAUGGGAAACCUGUGCUCUACAUUUUGCAACUUUCACUAUCACUUGCUAAUCUUCCAGCAUGUUAUCAAACACAGAAAUUAGGAACUUCUUUAACUUCCUAGGAGGUUAUCAAACACAAAAACUAGGAACUUCUUUAACUUCCGCAGAGAUUAUCAAACACAGAAACCAGAAACUUCUUACAGUAACUUCUAUCUUCCCAGCAGGGAGGAACUUCCAAUUUACAGUUCAUGAACUUGCUUCCAGUUAUGAAACAGGUCCUUAAUGAGAGAGAACUAUCGAAGGGAGCACGGUUUUAGUGAGAGAGACCACCCACGAGAGCAUAGAGCAAAAUUUUAGUGAGAGAUUGAGAUACUCGUUAGAUAUAGAGAGACAGGGUUCAAGGGAGAGAGGGACUUACCAAACAUAAAAGUUUUGAAAUUUCAGUCAGUAAUCAAGUGGCUAUGGCAUUUGAGAGAGAAAAAGGGAGGAAGACUUGUUAAUGAGAGAGAGUAGAGAGAGUUUUAUGUAGUUCAUGGCAUUUGAUAGAGAGAGAAAAAGGGAGGGAGACUUCUUUAGAGAGAAAGGGAGGGAGAUUUUAUAUAUACUUGGAAUCAGGACUCUAUAUCGAUCGUGACUGUAAAAUCAGGGAAGUUUUUUUCCAAUUGUUGAUGGUGGUGUAGAAUCAUGGGAAUUUUUCUCAAUUUUUGAGGGCUCCGGAAUUCAAGAAUACGUAGAAUUCCUCUUUUAUAUACAUGCGGCUAAAUGCUUUGCUUCACUCUCUCUCUACAUGAUAUCAGAAUGGUCAUCUUCAAGCGGGCAAUUUCUUCUUCACCUGCCCUCUCCACACCGCUUUCACGCUCCGUUAAUGAGAUUGUCGACAUGUUUCGAGUCCCAAAUCUACAGACCAAGUUUCAAGUCCAGCCAGAAAGCCGGAACGCACUAAGGAAGGACCAUUCAAUCCGCACAUUAGAUGAAAGGUUUAUCAAAAUACUGAAAAUUUUCAAAUGGAGUCCGGAUGCAGAGAAAGCCCUUGAGGUUUUGAAAUUGAGAGUGGACCAUAGAUUGGUCUGUGAUCUCUUGAAGAUAGAUAUAGAAAUUGGAGUUAAAAUCAAGUUCUUUAAGUGGGCUGGAAAGAAAAAGAAUUUUGAGCACAAUUCAACCACUUACAUGGCUCUGAUAGAUUGCUUGGAGGAAGCCAAAAUGGUGGGUGAGAUGUGGGGUGUAAUUCAAGAAAUGGUUAGAAGCUCUUGCCCAUUCAACUCAUCUGAAUUGUCGGAAUUAAUUAGAAUUCUUGGGAAGGCCAAAAUGGUAGAGAAAGCCUGUUCUAUCUUUUACCAGAUCAAGGCUCGAAAGUGUUGCCCCACUACAUAUACUUACAAUUGCUUGCUUAUCUUGCUGAUGCAAGAGAACCACCUUGAGAAGGUCCACGAGCUUUAUAAUGAGAUGUGCAAUGAGGACAAUUGUGUACCUGACACUAUGACUUACAAUGUUCUUAUCUCUGCUUUCAGCAAACUAAACCGAGGUGACAUAGCAUUUAGGCUUUUUGAAGAAAUGAAGGAGAACCGACUCCAACCCACUUCAAAGAUUUAUACCACAUUGAUGGAUCUUUCUUUUAAAUCGGGGAGUUUUGAUAAGGCAUUGGCUUUGUUCGAAGAGAUGAAAGAAAAGAAUUGUGCCCCAAGUGUUUUUACAUACACCGAGCUGAUAAAAGGACUUGGUAAAGCAGGUAAAGUUGAGGGGGCUUACCAAAUAUUUCAUGAUAUGCAGGCCAAGGGUUGUAGGCCUGAUGUUGUCCUGAUGAAUAACUUGAUAAAUAUUUUGGGGGAGGCAGGUAAGCUUGAUGAUGUGCUUAAAAUUUUUGGGCAAAUGGAGACAUUUGGAUGCCCCCCAAAUGUGGUGACCUACAAUAGUGUCAUAAAAGCUCUCUUUAAGUCAAAUGCUCCGGCAUUUGACGCCACUUGUUGGUUCAAAAAAAUGAAGGAAAAGGGUAUUACUCCUAGUUCUUAUACAUACUCAAUUCUUAUUGAUGGGUUCUGCAAGGCCAGGAGGUUGGAGAAAGCACUACUGCUGCUUGAGGAGAUGGAUGAGAAGGGUUUUCCACCUUGUCCAGCUGCUUAUUGUAGUCUGAUAGAUGCUCUCGGAAAAUCAAAGCGCUAUGAAGCUGCAAAUGAAUUGUUUCAAGAAUUGAAAGAGAAUUGUGGGUCUUCUAGUUCUAGGGUAUAUGCUGUGAUGAUUAAGCACUUUGGCAAAAGUGGGCAUAUAAAUGAAGCAAUCGGUCUAUUUGAUGAAAUGAAGAGACUUGGCUGUACUCCAGAUGUCUUUUCAUAUAAUGCUCUCAUGUCUGGCAUGGUGAGGGCGGGCAUGGUUGAUGAAGCUUAUUCCUUGCUUAGACAGAUGCAAGAAGAAGGAUGCAAGCCUGAUAUCAAUUCUUAUAAUAUUAUUUUGAAUGGGAUAGCCAGGGCUGGUGGCCCUAAACAAGCAAUGGAUAUGUUGACAAGAAUGAAAAUUUCAGUAAUCAAGCCUGAUGUGGUAUCUUACAAUACGGUCCUUGGAGCUCUUAGUCGUGCUGGUAUGUUUGAGGAGGCUGCUAAGGUCAUGGAAGAGAUGAGUGAAAAAGGUUUUAAGUAUGAUCUUAUUACGUAUUCCUCGAUACUUGAGGCCAUUGGGAAAGUAGAUGAAGAAGUAAAGCUCUUAGUUAAGUGAUUUUGAAUUGGUCCCUUCCAAUCAAGAAGAAACUUCACAAUCGCAGCAUUGUUGGAAGCAGCAGCAACAUGAAGUGGUGUCUGAGCCAUCUGGAA